AUGGUCAAGAUCGCAAUUGCUGGAGGGGCCGGCAAUGUUGGACAAGAGGUCAUGGAUGCCCUUGUAGCUAGAAACAAGCAUGAGAUAACCAUUCUGUCUCGAAAGGAUAUGCCAGGAACAGAAAUCGCCCCUGGGGUGAAGUGGUUCAAGACGAAAUACGACAAUGUUGAAGAACUUACCACUAUCUUAGAGGGCGUACAUACGGUUUUAUCCUUCAUGUCUGUCGCCCCUGGUGAUACAGCUGCAGGGCCACAGGAGAAGUUGAUUGAUGCGGCAGUCCGAGCGGGCGUGAAGCGCUUUGCCCCAAGUGAAUGGGCUUCGUCUAAUCUGGAAUAUUUUCCUUGGUACGACUUCAAGAGGUCUGCACGUGAGUACCUUGCAGAGCUGAACAAGGACAAAAAGGUCAUCGAGUACACACUAUUCCAGUUUGGACUCUUCACCAAUUACAUGACCUACCCAUACAAUUCAUCCAAGCACGUCAACCUUUUUGAAACACCGGUCAACUUUUAUGGCCGCCGAGCCCUUCUCAUUGACGAUGGUGAAGCGGUAAUAACACUCACAACUGCUCAAGACGCAGCAAAAGUGACUGCUUUAGCUGUCGAAUACGAAGGAGAGUGGCCGGUUGUCAGUGGUGUGAAGGGCACAGAUAUUACGAUGAAUGAACUUGUUGCACUUGGCGAGAAGAUCCGAGGUCAAAAGUUCAAAGUCGAGUAUUUGACAAGCGAGGACCUCGAAGCCGGUAUCGUCAAAGCUUCAUGGCUUCCCCUUCCCGAACACCCAUCGAUUCCAGUUGAGAUGCGAGAGAAGAUUGCUGCGGAUAUGAUCAAGUGCUUCCUUCUCGGAAUCAAGCAUGGUGCUUUGAAGGUCUCCGAUGAGUGGAACAGGCUUUUGCCCGAGUAUGAGUUUACCCAGCCUGAGAAAUUUUUGACCAAGGCAUGGGCUGCUAUUGACGCAGGAGCUAAGAGUGUCUUCACAGAGAAUUAG